UAUGCUUAGAAAAAAAAAGUUUGACGCAGUGACGCGCGCGGUGUAUUUCCCGCCCUAUUUAAAACUUUUAGAAAAAAUAUUAAAAAGUAAAAAUUUAUACUAGACAAGGAUUUUUAUAUGUGUAUGUUUAUGUUUAAAAUGUAUUAUCAUCAUGUGAGGAAAAGAGUGUAGUGUGAUAUUAUGCGAUUACAUGUCUUUAUAGUGUUUACGUGAUUUUUGAACGGACAUAUUUUCUGCUUCGUUGCGAAACUGGCAUUGCACGAGUUUGUGACAUUGAAAAAAACCAGUGUGAUUAAAAAAACGAUUAAUAAACGUUGGUGUUGAAAGUGUUUUGAAUUCUGUACAUUUUUUUUGUGAAUCAUAGACAAAAUUAACUUUUUAAAAUGAAAGACUUUGGUCAGAUCUGGGGCCGAAUGGCCGGUCGGCGGUUUUCUGGUGUCAACACAGAGUUAAAAGAGAUUGGUAACAAUCGAUUGACGAAAGGCGAUUUUGACACGUCGACUUUCGAAUCGAAUCUCGCUGAAUGCGAGGGCUUAAACAAUAAGUUUGAGGACUUUGAGUUCAAUGAGAGGAAAGAUGCGAUCAUCAAUCGAUUAUUCGAGAGGAGAAGACAAGGCCAGCGGACCAGACAACCGAAAUGUCUAUUUAUCCUCCUGAUGCUGGGUUUCUUCGCUCUGGGAGCUGGCUGUUUCAUCCUAAUAGCACAUCCCUACGACUUCCUAUUUAAACAGAAAGUGGUCCUCCAAGAUGGCGGCGAGAUUUUCGAAAUGUGGAAGAAACCGGAAGUGGACCUUUACGUCCGGAUAUUCUUGUUCAACGUAACAAAUGCCGAGGACUACAUGGCGGGGAGGGCCGAAAAGAUUGUCGUGAAAGAAGUGGGGCCCUAUGUUUACAAAGAAGACUUAGAACACAAGAUAGUCAAAUUCAACGAUAACGGGACGAUAUCCGCCAUCCCCCGCCACCCCCUCACGUGGGUCGAUGAACUCUCUGAGGGAAACAAGGAGGACGAUCUUCUGUUUCUGCCUAACAUAGCUUUACUGAGCAUAGCAGACGUAGUAGCGAAACAGUCCAUGCUGACCCGCUUCGGUCUGAACAACCUCAUCUCCAUCGGCAACAUCCAGCCCCUGGUGCAGAUGACGGCUAAAGAGUUCAUGAUGGGAUACAAAUCCAACCUCAUGACGCUGGGAAACACCUUCAUGCCGGGGUGGAUAUACUUUGACAAGCUGGGUCUCAUUGAUAGGAUGUACGACUUCGAAGGCGACUACGAGACCAUCUACACCGGCGAGGCCGACGUCCGGGAUUCCGGCCUCAUCGACACCUAUCGCGGGUCCAAAGACCUCCCCCAAUGGCAGGGGACCCACUGCUCUAACGUGCAAGGGGCGUCUGAUGGCACCAAGUUCAGAGGAGGCGUUACGAGAAAUGAGUCACUGCUGUUCUUUAGAAAGAGCUUGUGCCGUGCUGCACCUUUGAUCCCUGUGGAAGAAGGAGUGAAGGGUGGCCUGAAAGGCUACAUGUACACGUUCCCUGAACAUCUGUUCGAUAACGGCAAACACAUACCAGAGAACAAGUGCUUCUGUAGAAAUGGCAACUGUCUCCCGGAGGGCCUGAUCGACGUGACGGAGUGCUACUACGGGUUCCCCAUCGCGCUGUCCUACCCCCACUUCUACAAGGGGGAUGACGUGCUCUUCAACAAGGUGGAGGGACUCAGUCCGAAUAAGGAGCUCCAUGAGACGAGAUUCUGGAUUCAGCCCGAGUCCGGUCUUCCUCUGGACGUCAGCGCAAAGAUCCAAAUCAAUAUGGCACUCGGAGACAUCAGCAAGAUCACCAACGCUGACCGCUUCGCCAACUUAUACUUGCCCAUGCUUUGGUUCGAUAUUAGAAUGUACUCUCUCCCGAAGUCCUUAGAAGACCGCUUCAAGAUGUACCUAAACGUUCUCCCGCUAGUAGAACAAGGUGCACUCUACGUUCUCUUCUUAACUGGCUCCCUCCUCAUCCUCCUGUCCAUCUACCGGCUCGCCUUCAAGGUCAUGUUCAAGACCUUCGACGGGAAAAAGAAACAGAAAAACUAUAUCAUAGCAACAAACAAGGACAGAGCGAAAAAACACCAAAACAUAUACGCUCCUUGCGAAAUAGCUCUUAACGAUACAGAAUCAGAUAACUCAGAUCCACAAUUAGAUGAAGAGAGACGGCCGUCAUUCUUCAAAACACAUAGUGACAGAUUGAAAGAACUUAGCCAUAGAUUAGGUGAUAAGGUAUACGAUUCCGUCGGCAGCGUCAAAGAUAGGGUCACUGAAAUCAUUCAUGUACAAAAAGUUUUUGAUAAUAGAAAGGAUUCGCUUAUCAAUAAAGAUGAGUCUUUAACUAAUGAUGGUUUUAAAAGUGAUUCUUCUGGAGAUGAAAGGACAGGUAAAUAUGAAGCAGUGAGACAAUCUGAUAGCGAAGACGAUUGUAGAUAUUUAGAAGUUCUAGACGAUGGUAGUGAGUUUGAUGAGCCGGUUAACAGAUUUCAUUUAAGAAGAGGGUCAGAAUCACAGUUUAAAGAUUUAGAUGCUAAUGAUGAAGUUAUACUACAGAUUUCUGAUUAGUUUCCAGAUAAAUAGAUAUUUGGUCAAUGAUGUUGAUAAAUAUCUGGGAAAUAUAGAGAUGUAACUAAAAGCUAUCGCUUUUAAGUUAUGUAAAGGGGUUCCAAUUGUGACCCUUCGGGUACGGAACCCUAAAAAGAGCCUGUGUGUGCCAAUAAGACCAAUAUGAUAUAUAAGAUUGAUUCAGAACUGAGUUUUGAGGAAAAAAAUGAUACAUAGCCGUUUCAUAGAUGGUGUUGCAGACCAAAAUCAAAUAUUUUACCUUAAAUUUAUUACAAAUAUGCAGCUUAUAAAGAUCAGAGAAUAUUUCUAAAUUGACUCAACAUUUUGGUCUAUCUUUUUUGGACUGUGAUAUAAAAGCAUGAAAAUAGCAGGGUCAAACAGAUCACUGUGUUACGUUCUUUCCUGUGGACAUACACAAAGUUAAGGGCUAUAAAGAUUAAUGUUCUUAUUUAACCCUUAUCCACGUAAAAAGGUCCUCCUUUUAUUUACAGAACUAUGAUAAAAUCAUUACUUACAUGCCCACAAGCUGUUAACUAUUGCCCACAGGAGAGAAAACUAGCGUGUUCGCGCGAACUGUACAUUUUUCUCCCCUGUGGGCAAUAGUUAACAGCUUGUGGGCAUGUAAGUAAUGAUUUUAUCAUAGUUCUGUAAAUAAAAGGAGGACCUUUUUACGUGGGUUAGGGUUAAAUAAGAAAAUUAACCUUUAUAGCCCUUAACUUUGUGUAUGUCCACAGCAAAGAACGUAACACAGUGAUCUGUUUGACCCAGCACCACAAAAAAAAUAUCUUGCCAUACUUAAUAAAAUACUGUAUGUAGAUGACAUUAAAUAAAUUGGAAAUUACACGACUGAUGAAAUUGCUCAAUGUUUGUAUGAGAUUGUACGAAAAGUACUGAUUGUAUAUUUUGUAAAUAAAAAAAGUAUUAUUAAUUAGAUUUUAAUUUUAUUUUUACUUGUAAGUAACGAGUAGAUUCCUAGCCUGCUCAAUGUAGAAUAUAGGUAGAUAGUUAUGAACUUUUAUUUUAAUAGAUUGUAUGCCAGUGACAUUUUGAAAAUGUAUGACAUUGUUUUCGUUAUGUUAGCUUGCACCUGCAAUUCUAAACUGAGCAAACUUUUCUUUUUUUAAUAAGUUCUUUAUUUAACAUAAUGUAUUACAAGGUAAUUACUAAAUCUAGCGUACAUUUGCAUCCUAGACAGUAAUAUCAAUAAACUGAGCAAACUAAGUAAAUAAAGUGGUGUAAAAAUUACAUGCAAGGUGUAAAAAAAUGGAGAUUCGUUUUAAGGGCAUAUUAGGAAAAGUAAUAGUUAUUUACGAUACAAGUGCGGAAAAGAGUAAGAUUUAAGUCGACCAACCCUCCAUACAAAGACAAAAAUAGUUAUUUACGAUACAAGUGCGGAAAAGAGGAAAUUCGAAGCGAGUGGCGAUAAAUUAAAACACAACCGAAGGGACACGAGUUUAAAUCGACACGAGUUGCGAAUUACCUUGUCGCACGUGUAUCGUACAACAUAUGGCCCUUUAAAAUUUUGACAUACGCACGAAAAGUGAUAUUUCUCGCACUAGUGCGGAAAAAUAGCACUUUUCGUGCGAUGUCAAAAGUUUAAAGGGCCAUAUGUACUGUAAAACGUUUACGAUACACGUGCUAAUAGGUAAUUCGCAACUCGUGUCGAUUUAAAACACUCCCUUCGGUCGUUUUUUAAUUUAUUGCCACUCGUUUCGAAUUUCCUCUUUUCCGCACUUGUAUCGUAAAUAACUAUUUUUGUCUUUGUAUGGAGGGUUGGUCGACUUAAACGACCUGCCCCACAGAGAACAAUGUUUUUUUCGCGUCAAUAAAUACGACACCAAAUAUGCCCUUAAAAUGAUGCUUAGGCAACAAUUCCAAUUAUGUAGGUACCUACAUAGGUACCUACGUAGGUACUUAAUUUAUGACUUAAAAUAUGUAAGUAGCUAAGUUAUGUAAUAAUGAAUAAUAAGAAGACUACUUUCGUAUAAGUUGUUUCAAGUGUUCAAUGUAUUUUAUCAAAAUUAUAUCUGGUAGUGGAGACUUGAUCCUAGGGUAGACUAGGGUGUUUCAUUUUUCCGAAUUUUCGAUUUUCAUCUGACUUUGCUCGAAUUCUUGUUCUAACUGAUAAAAAAAUAUUAUACGUUAAAAAAAUUAAAAUCCGUCAACAUUUAGAGGUUGCACAACAUCAACAAAGAUUUUUCAAAUAACCAACGACUCUACAUCGGAGGGCAGAAUUUUUUUUAAGCGGCUACCAUCAAAGCGGAGAGUAGUGUGAUACUGAACAUUCUACAUAUAAAUAAAUUUUAAAAUUAGUAGUAAACUUGGAUUUUGGUUACUCGAUAAAUGUUCUAAUUAAGAUUUUUCAGUUUUUCCACCUGUUUCCAAAGUGCUUUUAUCGUGUUUUAGACGCAAACUUCAGGUUUCUCAUUCGAUUUUAGUAUCAGUUAAUUAUAUUUUGUCAUUUUAGAACAUAGUACAUUUUCACGCAAUGUAAGGAGUUCUCACUCUACCUUUUCAACUUGUGCAACCUCUAAUCGUUAUUCGAUUCUUUUGAAAAUUGAAUUAUAUAGUUUUUAGUGUGGGGAGACUCCAUUGGUGAGCAAAGUCAGGAAAAAUAUUACAAGUUUUUUUUCUCCAUACAAAAGUGAAUCACCCUAGGGUAGACAGUCACCUAAAUUACAAAAUAACACAUUGCCAAUAAAUAAAAAUAACAGCCCUAAAAGGAAUGCAAGAAAUAAAUAUAAAUAUCUAUAAUAAUAUGUAGUAGCUAUUCGCUAUUUUGCAAUAAAUAGAGACCAAUGGCCCUCAGUCAAAUAAUUAAAUUUAAAUUAUCAAUGCCAAUUAUUUUUUUUUGUAAUUAAAAAUUUAAUAUCUAUGCAAUCAAUUUAGCAACAAUAUGUACAACGUUAUUACCACACAUAAUGUUUUUUGUAGUGUGUGUAUAUUUUUGGUAAAUUGGCUGCAUUGAUAUUUAAAAUAGACACAAGACGUUAUCUUUAAAUCAGUCCCAAUAGCUCAACCGAUAGUAUUUUUAAUCGAUUAAAUGUAAAGUGUUAAAUAAAUUUUAAGGUGAUUGUAUCGUAAAUAGUACUAUGUAGACUAUAUGUGGGUACAGCAUUUGCCGAAGCCUAAACGGCUUAAGCCGUUCUUAAAAGCCGUUAAUAAAAUUCUAUACCGGGUGGAACAUUUCUAGAGACUGAGCUGAAAGGAUAGUAUAAUCCAGCUUUACGAUUAUAAUAAUUAAUAACUCGAUUGUAUAGUUAGACCGUAAAAAGUCUGCAGCUGAUUUGAUAGCCCACGUAGUGUAAGUGUUAUUUAUACGUCAUAAUUUCAUAGAAGUUUGACGUUUAAAAUGACACUUGCACUGCGUGGGCUAUCAAAAUCGCUGCAGACUUUUUACGGUCUAACUAUACAAUCGAGUUAUUAAUUAUAAUCGUAAAGCUGGAUUAUAAAUUUAAACAAAAUCAUUAAUAAGUAAAAAAUAAAGUACGUAGCCUCAACAAUACCCAGUUUGCAUAAAAGUCCUUCGUUCUGUUCCACCCGGUAUACUAUGAAUAUGUUCUACGUAUGCAUGAGCGAUAUAUUUUUCAUGUUUCGUAAAUUUCCUGUAAAAUUCUCUUAAAUUUCCAAGACCUUUCCAACUUUUUGCAUACUCUCCACAACUUUGUGUAGGAUGUAGAUAGGUUUUUUCCUAUAAUAAAGAUUGAAGGAUUUGAAACUUUAACGGCUCAAGCCGAUUUAUUUUCGAUAAAUGCAAAGCCCUUAAAGACUUGCAAUAAAGCGAGCAAUAAAAGCUACUCAUUGUGAUACCUAAAUAUGUUUUAAUACUGAAUAAUAAUUUAAUUAAGUAUAUUACUGUAAUUUACAGAAAUGCCUAUGUUUGUAAUUAUUCUGUAGAAUUGGUAUUUGGUAAUGUUUACGGAGUAAGAAGAGUUUGAAGAAAAUAAAUGGAAUUUUAUGUUU